CGUCACGUUCACAUGGCUUCCUCGUCGUCCGUCGCCCGCAAGCUGCCGCUGGACGGUCUCCGCGUCAUCGAGUGCGGCCACCUCAUCGCGGGGCCGUUCGCGGGCAUGAUCCUCGCCUACUUUGGCGCCGAGGUCAUCAAGAUCGAGCCACGCACCGGCGACCAGUGCCGGGACAUGCGCCUCAUCGAUGCGGAGAACCACACGUCGCUGUGGUGGUACUCGAUCGGUCGCAACAAGCACAGCGUGUGCAUCGACCUCAACACGCCGGACGGACGAGGCAUCGUCAAGCAGCUCGUCAACAAGAGCGACGUCUUCAUUGAGAACUUCCGACCGGGCAAGAUGGAAGCGUGGCACCUCGGGCCACAAGAGUUUGAAGCCACCAACCCCGAGCUCAUCUACGCGCGCGUGAGCGGGUACGGCCAGACCGCCAAGCCUGGGUUUGCCUCGGUCUGUGAAGCAUUUGGCGGCUUUCGGUACGUCAACGGGUUCCCGGACCGGCCGAGCGCGCGCCCCAACUUGAGCCUCGGAGACACGAUGGCGGGCCUCCAUGCCGCGCUGGGCAUCACCAUGGCGCUCGUGGGCAAGGAGCGGUCGUCGUCCCGCCAAGGACAGGUCGUGGACGUGGCCAUUUACGAAUCCAUGUUCAACGUCCUCGAGGCGAUUGUGCCCGAGUACUCGUACAACGGCGCGGUGCGCGAGUGCUCGGGCUCGACGAUCACCGGCAUCGUGCCCUCCAACACGUACCCGACCUCGGACAAGAAGCACGUGGUGAUUGGCGCCAACAUGGACGGGCUCUACAUGAAGCUUAUGGAUUUGAUUGGCGCGCCGCAGCUCAAGGUGCACAAGACCAACGUCGAGCGCGUCCAGUUCCAAGCUGACAUUGACGACGCGAUCGGCCGUUGGACGGCGUCGCUCCCGCUCGCCGACAUCUUGUUGCAGCUUGACAACGCGCGCAUUCCCGUCGGCCCCAUCAACUCGAUCACCGAGAUGGCGCAGGACCCGCACUACGCGGCGCGCAACAUGUUCGAGUCGGUGACCAUCCCUGGCCACACCAAGCCGCUCCAGAUCCCAGCGGUGAGCCCCAAGCUCAGCGGGACGCCGGGGCGCACUGAGUGGCCGGGGAAGCCGCUCGGCGCAGAUACCAAGUGGUGCCUCGAGACAGUUCUCUGCAUGUCACCCGCCGAGAUCGAAAAGCUCCUUCGCGAUGAAAUCGUGUUUGAGGCGCGCCCUUAAGAUAGUAACAACCUCACCAAAAUAUUCAAGACGCGCUUAGUUAGUACAUGUAAUAGACGCGGGGCUGUGCAUUGUAUGAAACCUCGUGGAGCGUGGGGCGGUGGGGGAUACCAGUUUGCGAAAGCCACAGGCGGCGGUCGAGCGCCUCUUGGGCCUCUUGGAGACGCUGGAGUCGGGCGAUCUCGGCGGCGUAGUCGACGCGCGGCGGGUGCGGAGCUUCGAUGUCAAACACAAUAUCUUCGUCGCCCACGACCUCGCGCGCAACGGGCACGCCGUUGACACGAACUGUGACCGUCACGGGCUUCUUGGGCUGCUCCGGCGGCUGCGCGACGAUGCGAAUGUGCUUGGGCUGCGGUGGGGUGUGGACUUUAUGCUGCGGGGUGGUGCUGGCAUGGCCCUCGUGCGUCGGGGAAGGGGUCGUCGGGAACGACUGCAUAAAGAUGAAUGGCAUGGCGGGUUCAGAGGUCGGUGGUGUCACCUCUGCGGACUUGCCUGCCAUAGCGCGCUUCUGUUCUUCCCGAGACACGACGGGCACACGCUUGAACGCAUACGGGGUGCUGGUUCUGGACGUCAACGUUCGAGGCUGGGUCGUCGUCGCUGCCGCAGCUUGGUCCUCGUCGCGAGCUGUUGGUUGCUCUUCGGUACGUCGUUCUUCGUUUGUGGGCUCCUCAUCGCGCGGUGCUAGCUCGUCGUUUCGAGUCGGCUUCUCCGGCGCUUGCGCGGCAAGCUCUGUCGUUGCCUCGGGUGUCAUUUCGGCGCUUGGAGACGCCUGAGUGCGGGUUGCUGGAUGCUCCGGCUGGGCUUCCUCGUCAGUGACGCGAGCUUCCUCGGGCUUGGUCACGUUUUCUUCCUGCAUGUUAUCCACGGUGGCUUCGUCUUGUACGUCGUUGAUCGAGACGUCGUGUUCCAUAGGGCCCUCCGGCGUUGGCAUGGUGACGAUCUCGUGGUCGCCGGUCGUCGCCAGCGCCGGCUCAGCGCUGGGC